AUGAUGAGUGUCUGGCGCCUACCGGUGCAUUUUGCAAGGUUGGCUUGCUACGCCUUCGUGAUACUUGGAUUUCCAGUGGAGUGUGUACGACCCGCUGCAGACUCCGUACUGGCAAAAGAGGCUCUCAUCGAUGAUGUAUGCUGCUGCAAAACGCAGAUGGAGAAAGGUUUCUCCAACUCCACGCUGUUGCCCAUAAAGGACUGGAAGUGCAGCGCCAUGAAACAAAUCCGACCAGACCGUCCUUUCUGGUGGCAUCCAAGCGGCGAUUCCGGGAAGUGCUGCUGGACCAGUGGAUACACCUGCGGAUCCACUCUGGGUGUCGUCACAGCCGCCGGCCAUUUCAAGGUUUGCACGAAAGCCGGGAAAAUCUUGCUGGGAGGUGCCUUCGAUGACGUUAUAGAAGACCUCGAUGUUGGCAAGAGCAUGUCAAGGGUCCCGGCAGGAGUUUCCGCAGCAGUGACCGACGCAAGUGUGCGGCCUUCCUGGAAGUUCAACGACGGGAAGAUGACAUCGGGAUGGAUGCAUCUUAAGAAGGACGGAAAGGGCGAGCUGGUUUCUGUUGAGGAUGUCACCGCUGCACCGGAAGGUGACUUCUACAUGAAAGCAGAUGUGAAUCUCGAGAAAGAAGUCCCGGACUGCGAAUGA